GCAGCAUGCGAUGCGAGAGCAGUUCUCAAGUUGCCUGCGCGCGGUGCUCUGGUUUAAAGCUGCUCGGCAGAAGAGAUCUUCAUCUCCGUAGAGGCUUCGCCUGACUGGCCUCCAGGACGAGCCUCUCAGUGUGCUUUUGGGAGAUUUAACGGAAUUAACGUGUGUCAUUUGAUGGUAUCGUCGUACUUUCCAAUAGGUUUCGUCCUUGGUGCUUGAUUUUUUUUUCUUUUCUGGACUUUCGUUAUUUUUUCCUGGAACUUUUUCCCAGUCCAUUCUUUAGUCAUCUUUACUUUAAAUCUGCGAGUAACACCUGGACCUGUACUGAUGGAACAGGUUCACAACGACGUUCUCAAGCAGCCUGCAAACACGACUUAACAUUUCCUCAAGAAACGUGUCCAACAUUGGCUCUCAAGAAACAUGGACUGUUUUCCCAUGCUCUAUUUUCUGUCAAGACAUCAUGAUUCCUGGUAAUCGAAUGCUGAUGGUCAUUUUAUUAUGCCAAGUCGUACUAGGAGAGAGCAACCAUGCUAGUCUAAUACUGGAGGAAGGAAAGAAAAAAGUGUCCGAGCUGCAGGGCCGUCGCUCUGGGCAAAGCCAUGAAUUGUUGCGGGACUUUGAGACCACGCUGCUGCAGAUGUUUGGGCUGCACCAACGUCCCAGGCCCAGCCGCUCCGCAGUGGUGCCACAGUACAUGCUGGACCUCUAUCGCCUGCAGUCCGGGGAGGCAGAGGAGGCCGGCGCUGUUGAUGCCAGCUUUGAGUACCCCGAGAGGUCAGCCAGUCGAGCCAACACAGUGAGGAGCUUCCAUCACGAAGAGCACCUGGAGCGCGUGGAAGGCGAGCAGGAGAACUCGGACACUCCUCUCCGCUUCUUCUUCAACCUCAGCAACAUCCCCGAGGACGAGGUGCUGUCCUCAGCGGAGCUCCGGCUGUACCGGCAGCAGGUGGAGAACGCGGACCAGCACGGGGAGGCCGAGGGGCUCCACCGGAUUAACGUCUACGAGGUCCUCAAGCCCCCCCGGGCCACGCAGCUCAUCACGCGGCUCCUGGACACCAGACUCGUGCGGCACAACGCCUCGCGCUGGGAGAGCUUCGACGCCAGCCCGGCCGUGCUGCGCUGGACACGGGACAAACUGCCCAACCACGGCCUGGCCGUGGAAGUCCUCCACCUCAACCACACCCCCACGCAGCAGGGCCGCCAUGUGCGCGUUAGCCGCUCCCUCCACCGGGACCCCGGCGAGGACUGGGCCCAGCUGCGCCCCCUGCUGGUCACCUUCGGCCACGACGGCAAGGGCCACCCCCUGACCCGGCGGGCGAAGCGCAGCGCCAAGCCGCGUGGCCGCCGGAAGAACCGGAACUGCAGGCGGCACACGCUGUACGUGGACUUCAGCGACGUGGGCUGGAAUGACUGGAUAGUGGCACCGCCUGGAUACCAGGCGUUUUACUGCCAGGGGGAUUGCCCGUUUCCUCUGUCAGACCACCUGAACUCCACCAAUCACGCCAUCGUGCAGACGCUGGUGAACUCUGUCAACACCAAGAUCCCCAAGGCCUGCUGCGUGCCCACAGAGCUCAGUGCCAUUUCCAUGCUGUACCUGGAUGAACACGACAAGGUGGUCCUCAAAAACUACCAGGAGAUGGUGGUAGAGGGUUGUGGCUGCCGUUAAAGGACAGCAGCGGUGAAAAAAACAAACUCUAAUUGCCCAGACUUAAUGCCCCAAAUCCUUCACUUGGACCCUUAUUUAUAACUUUUAUGUGGAGGUGUAUGUUUGUCUCAUUUUUGCUUCUUGACAAUAUGAUCAUAUAUUUUGACAAAUAUAUAUAUUUAUAACUACAUAUUAAAAACAAAUUAAAGUGA